GCGCCGGAAGCGAUAGCGAUAGCGACAGCGUCGACGACGGCGACGGCGAAGGCGACAGUGCCAUUCGGCAUCAGUGUCGGCGCGGUCAAGCGGAACCGCGACGCUCGAGUGACUAAGACUCUGCUCUCGGUCAGCAUCACCUUCCUCGUCUGUUACCUGCCCUUCGCCGUGGUCACGCUGCUCAGCUUCCUCGUCGACCAUCGGCGCCUCAAUCUCGCCUGGCCGUUCACUUACGCGCUCACCUACGUCAACAACUGCCUCAACUUUCCCAUUUACGUCAUCUCACAGCCUCUCUUUCGUCGCGAAUUGCGGCGCAUCUUCUGCUGUUGCCUGCCUCGACGUCGCGACCAUUCGAGAUCCGCGGCCAGCGCGUUUUCUCCCAUGCACACGCAAACCAUCACCUCGACUUCGCCGUCACCGUCGACGUCGACGACGAUGACAAAACUUCUACUCGGUAGCCGAGACGACCGGCCCUGGGCGAAAGUGACGUCAUCCAACCGUGUACACACCAACACUCUCGGGUCACUGGCCGCUCAACACACUCGAGGCGUCUGGUGGGCGAGAUUACGUCUACUCCGCGAUCCGAUCAACCUCGUGCAGCCGCCGAGCGAACCGGUCGUAACUGAUGACGCCCAAAUCAACGUCGACGUCAACGUCGACGUCGACGCGAUUGAGCAGCGUCUGAUAAUGUCCUGUGAGGACGAUGGAUACACGAGGGCCUAG